AGUUAUUUUUUGAUCUGCUCCCUCACGCCAAAGUCCUGCAGCGUAGGGAGGGAAAGCAGUGUAGUUCCCUGCAGACAGCCAAAGGGAUGGACAGGAACAGCAGCGCUGGGGCCACGGAGGGCCAGCACAGGAGCCCCCACCGGCAGGUGGAAAAUAAGCAGGACGAGGAGGUCCGGGUUCCUGACAGAAGAGAGAACGAGACCAAGGCAGACAUGGGGAGCAAAACCUGGGCAGACCUGGCUGGGGAGAUGAAGAUAUUCCUGUGGAACCCGGAGGAGAAAACAUGCCUGGGGAGAACGGCCAAGAGCUGGGGCUUGAUCUUGCUGUUUUACUUCGUUUUCUACACGUGCCUGGCGGGAAUGUUUGCCUUUUGCAUGUACGUGAUGCUGCUCACGCUGAGCCCCUACACACCGACAUACCGGGACCGUGUGUCUCCACCAGGAGUAAUGAUCAGGCCGUACUUGAAUGGGUUCACUAUUGCCUUCAAUGUCUCUCAGCCCAGCACGUGGCAGCCCUACGUGGACAGCAUGCACCACUUCCUAGCAGCUUACGAUGACAAAGUUCAAGAGGAGAAGAAUAUCGAGUGUGUCUCAGGACAGUACUUCAUCCAGGGGGGCAAUGAAAGCGAGGAGAAGAAGGCCUGCCAGUUCAAACGCUCCCUUCUGCGGAACUGCUCUGGCAUUGAGGACCCAACGUUUGGCUACUCUAAAGGCCAGCCCUGCAUCCUGCUGAAGAUGAACCGGAUCAUAGGCUACCGCCCUGGCGCUGGGGUCCCUGUGAGAGUGGACUGCAAAGUGCAGAAAGGCAAUGAGAGCGAUCUCAGAGCUGUGGACUUCUACCCUGGAAACGGGACAUUUGAUCUCAUGUAUUACCCCUACUAUGGCAAGUUCACUCAUGUCAACUACACAUCCCCACUGGUGGCUAUGCACUUUACAGAUGUGAAGAGGAAUUAUUUGGUCCCUAUUCAGUGCAGUCUGAAUGGGAAAGGUAUUAUCAAUGACCUUAACAGCGACCGCUUCCUGGGCAGAAUCAUCUUCACACUUAGUAUUGGAAAGUAGCCACUGCAAACACUGGGCACUUAGGUUAAGUCAAUCAGAGGCUUUUUCCUUUCUAAAGCAUAAAGCCAGCAUUUUUUUCUUCUAGGAAAAACAGGCACAUGGAGAUUUUUGUUAAUUUAUUUUUGUUCAUAGUUACAAAACAAAUGAGAUGCAAUGGAUGUGGAAGCACAUUUUUCACCAUCUGAUGUAAAUCAUUACUGGUAAAAAUUAAAAGUCAUCUGGACAGACAA